AUGCGAGCGGUCCCCCAGGGCCGGGGCCUCAUGGGGCGUGGGGAAGCUGAGAGCAGCAGCAACUCCCGCAGUUUGCGAGUUUUACCAAUUCGAACUGAAAUCCCUGCUGCAGCAGAUACUCCCGCAGUUUGCGAGUUUUACCAAUUCGAUGAAACUGAAAUCCCUGCUGCAGCAGAUGUGUCUUUGCCGCUGCCGCGCCCCUUCGACUCCACCGCCUGCGCGCUGCAGCAUUUGGCGCAGCAGCAGCAGCUGCUGCUCGCGCUGCAGCAGCUGCAGCCAGCAGCAGCUGCAGCAAGCCGCAGCUUGCUGCAGGACCCCGCCUUGGCAGCUCUUCACGAGGCCACUCAUUCUGGGUUGGUGGCUGAAGAGGUCUCGCGGCACAUCGAGUUCGGCCGUCAGGCGAAGAUCACCGUCGAGCUGCAGCUGCUGAACAAGGGAGCUGCUGCUGCUGCAUCUGUUUUCAUUUUGCUGCCUUACUCUGAAGCGACGCAGCUAGGAUGGAUGAAAGCCUCAGCAGCAAACGGGAAGCAGCUAAAGGUGCUUCCUGUGUCUCGUUUGCUGCCAAGCAUUUCUUCUCUUAUUUGGGAAGACUGGGGGCAGCGGCAGCUGCUGCUGCAGAAGGAGGAGCUGCUGCUGGCUGCAGCAGCAGCAGGAAGCAGCAGCAACUUCAAGUCCCCCUGCUGGCCCAGUGUCUUCCAAAUUCAACUCGAGAGGCCUUUGCAGCAAACAGAGUCUGUCAAGCUCACGGUCUCAUACAUCCUUGGGCGGCCUUACCGUCCGCUGCCCCAGGCAGUGGAGCUGGAGGCGAUUCAGUCUGUUAUUUUCGCCACUUCUUUGAAUUGGCCUUUGCCUUAUAAAGCACUUCGAAGCUCUUUGUCAUUUCAGCUGCCCCCCCAGACUUCCCUCGGAGAGGCCGGGGAGCGGCGCAUGCAGCAAAAGUCUUUCCAGAAGCUAUCGGAAGGCCUGUGGAAGUGGGCCUCUGCUGCUGCAGUGGAGCCGCUUGCUGCUGUGGAGCCCUUCGCCGUGGUCUUCCCGCUGCCGCAGCACUUGGGCUUUCUCUUUGCUGCAGAGCGGCUGCUGCUGCUGCCUCUCAGCGGCGCUGCUGUCAGUGAGGACUUCUACAAAUUCCACAACGACGCUGCGCUCCAGCAGGGCCCCUUCAACCCCGUCAGCGUGGCGCUGCUGCAGGGCCUGGCGCCCGGCACCCCCCGGCUGGCGCUGCAGAACAAAGAAGUGCCGCGGGCGCCCCCAGUGCCUUCCCACGUGCUCUUCGACUUGCAUGCAAGUCUUCCUCCAGAUGUUUUCAACUUAGACGUUGCGGACUCUGCGGGAAACUUGACCACUGCUUUCGCAGCCAGAGAGGGGCCCGAAGAAGCUCCGCUCUCUACCCGCCUCGAGGUAACCACUGCAGCGGUCUGGCCAAGAUUUCCAGUUCUUGGGGGUUGGAACUUCGACUUGAGAGUGAGAUACAACCAGCCCGUGAGCUCGCUGCUGCUGCAGCAAGAGGCCGGCAGCAGCAGCUCAUCUGUGUCUUUGAAAAUUCCUCUGGAGCCGAUUUUCAGCGACAUCUACGCUGAGCAGCUUUCCCUGACAGUGGCCUUGCCGACGGGUGCCACAAACAUCCGCUGCUCUUCGCCAGUCGAGUUCGACUCGGUGGAGGAGAAAAGGAUCAAAUGGUGGUUCGAUAUUGUCACUUCGCGGCCAGCUUUGAGUCUGAAAUGGCACUCUAUUUCAGCUUCUCCGAGUCCACACGAAGAGCGCUCGCUCACAGUCACGUUUGACUAUCCCUACCCGGUAGAUCUUGAACAUUUCAAGAAGCUGCUGCUGCUGCUGCUGCUCCUGGCCGUGCUCGUCAUAGGCACUCUCUUGAGCCGCUGGAAGCUGAGGUUUACAACUCCAGAAGAAGACGCAGCAGCUGCAGCGCUUCAAAGCGCAUUCGAAAAGGUCCGGAAGGAGCUGGGGCGUGUGGCUGAAGCUGCAAUUAAGGAUACAGGCUCAUACUUGAACUGCGCCGCUGCUGCUGCGGCGGAAAGCGGCCAGAGCAGCUCGAAGCAGAAGAAGCCGCAGGAGCAGGAGAUGCAGCAGUGGAGUAAAUGCAUGCAGCAGCACGAAAACGAUGUUGCUGCUUUGCUGCAAACAGCCCCCGAGGCCAAUUCAUCCAUCGCCGCUUUUCAAGAAGCUCUAGAGGACUACCGCAAUACUGUGCAGGCGUUCGCCGCUGGCCUGCUCAACAACGCGAAGGACAAGAAGACUGAAAAGGCGGAACAAGACGUGAAGGCGGCGGCCGAUCAGCUACGGGCGGCAGCGCGCUGCAGCACGAAGCUGCACAAGGCGUGA